AUGUCGGACCUCGAAGCCAAUUCGAUACUGAACAAGCAAGAGAAGAGCCUAGUGCACCAAUCUGUUCCUAUAUCGGACUUUGGAAUUGGCGAUAGCGCCGCAAUCAAGCCAAGCUGGUCGUUUCGACUCUACUCUACCCUCCAAAAGCUCGAUCAUUAUGGCGUUGAGUCUCGUGGUAUCGAGAGAGUAGCGUCGGUUGAAAGACACAAGGCGACUUUAUCAACAUGGACUGGGCUGUGUCUGAUCUGGACAUCCGCCGGUAUGGGACUCAGCACCUUCGCAACUGGGCUCAUAGGUCCUCUGUACUACAACCUCACUUUUGCCCAAACGGUCGGUAUAAUUUUUGGCGCUGGCUUUCUCGGAGCCUUGGUCUCCGGCUGGCUUGCAACAUUUGGAAAAAGGAACGGUCUUAGAGCUCUGACCAAUUCCAGAUAUACCUUUGGAUACUACGGUGCUAUGUUUAUGGCAUUCCUCAAUGUCAUCACUGAGGGUGCUUUCGGGAUACAAAUGGCGAUUCUUGGUGGCCAAGCUUUGGAAGUCGUGUCGAAGGGCAGACUUCCUGUUGCCGGCGGCAUUCCGCUCGUUGUCAUGGUCAGCUGGCUCAUCGCUACCGGUGGCUACAAAUUCAUACACUAUUGGUCGAGAAUCGGGUUCGUGUUCCCGUUGAUUGUCUGUAUCGCCAUGCUGGCGAAAUCGAGUCCAAUGUUUUCCAAUGCUGGCACUGCUACACUUGAUGCUGCCACUCAGAAUGGCUUGACACUAUCUUAUUUUGCCAUCAUCUUCGGUAGCGGAUCAGGCUGGGCAGCGGUCUCGGCAGACUAUUAUAUCUAUCUCGAUGAGAGGACCCCAAGCUGGAAACCCUUCCUCAUGUCCUUCUUAGGAACAUGGCUUCUCCCGACUCUCAUGUAUUCCUGUGGAGCAGGAUAUGGAAGCAUCUUGCUCAACAAUGCUGACUGGGCGGAAUACUACGAGGCAAAUGGAGAAAGUGCGCCUGCUCUUAUUCUAUACUCCCUUGAAUCACUCGGUAAUGUGCGCUACUUCUUUGUCUUCAUCAUGGCUAUCUCAACCCUCAACAACAACAUUUUCAACCUGUACAGCAUCAGCAUCUCCAUGCAACUCUUCGGCAAAUGGACCACCUACGUGCCCCGCAUGAUCUGGAAUUUGGUCGGCGCGAUCGUCGUUUUCCUUAUCGCCAUCAUCGGUCGAGAUUCCAUCUAUACCAUUAUUGGCAAUUCCGUCGCAGUCAUCGCGUACUGGACUGCCAUCUUCUUCGCCAUAAUUCUCAUCGAGGACAGGGUCUUCCGUCGACGAACGGGCUACGAUCACUCCGGGUGGAACGAUUCCGGUAAGCUCCCUAAGGGGUAUGCUGCAAUGCUUGCAUUUGGUAUCGGCGCCGCUGGUUCUAUCAUCGGUAUGGGGCAGACGUGGUAUUACGGGCCAAUUGCGCGACAGAUCGGCGAAGAGGGUGGCGACGUCGGUAUCGAGCUUGGGAUGCUGUUCGCCAUCAUCGUGUACCCUGUGCUGCGUCAUCUCGAAUUGAAGAAAUUUGGCAGAUAG